UCUAGGACGUACAAGCGUGCACGCAUUGAUAACUCAUUUGUAGGGCAGCCAGGGAUAUGGUUCACAUGUCCCCGUAACAAAGAAGAAAAGGCGAGCGGUGACCUGAAAGCUAUUCUGGAAGAGGUGAGAGACAAUGCCCCGAUCCCCCUACGAGUGCAGCUUGCUCCUGUAAAUAUUGGAAAUUGAAUGUCGCAACCAUUAUCGACCGCCUCACACCAUCCCCAUCUCGAUCACUGUGAGACGAGGCGAUAGGCUGUUGCGAAACUCUAUCCUAAACGACAAGACGGAUCUCACAAAGCCCAAAACGAGCAAGAUGCACAUGCAUCGCAGGAGCAUGCAGCCAAGAGCAAAGGCGAUUUCAUGAGUGAGCUCGAAGCCGAGCUGUCUGGUUUAAGGGAGGCGGGGAGGGCCAAGGGCAAGACCAAAGCCAGCUCAAAUAUCAGCAUUCCUAGAGGCGACCUGACACUGGUGGACCUGCAAACGGAAUCAUUGGGAUUUGUCUCCCUUGCUUCCUCCCUCGAUCCUUACCGUAUCGUUAAAGAAGUUCUCGAAAGGGCGCUGAUUAGCGGCCUCUCGCGCAGCAGAUAUUUGCAGCGUCUCACACCCGUCUCGCAAGUGUCCAAAGCCGAUGCCGACUCGUUGCGUAUACUGGCCACUGGAGUCCUGCAUGCGCGCCUAGGCUUUGAUCCGUCCGCAGCGCAGACAUACAAAGUGGAGCCGCGCUUGCGCUCCAGUAUGGUGCUCGACCGGGAGGAGGUGAUCCGAAUCGUCGCGGACGCGGUGCCGAAAGACGCCGGGCAUACAGUCGAACUGAAAGGACCGAGCUGCUGGAUCGUCGUCGAGGGCGUUCAGACAUUUAUUUCCAUCGGUGUGUUACAAGAUUACGAGCGGCUGGGAAAAUACAACUAUCAAACGUGUAUCACGCAAGGUGUGGCGCGUGAGGACAAGACCAAGGAGCCACCAUCCGUUACAGCGUCGAUGGAGGCAAAGACAGUCGCAAGACCACGUGGCGAUGGUGAUAAUGACGCAAGCAAUAUGACAACACGAGAAGUGGACACGGUGCCAGGAGAAACAGCCAAUUGAACCUCGGAGCAUAGACAUGCUGCGAUGUAGCAUAGCAAUGAAUGCGACUACAGGUACAGAUCUCGCA